AUGGGCUGCAUUCAAAGCACCGGAUCGGAGGCGAAGAAGAGAUCAAAGUGGAUCGAUGAGCAGAUCCGGCAAGACAACGACCGGUGUUCGCAUGAAGUCAAACUAUUGCUUCUGGGCGCCGGAGAAUCUGGAAAGUCGACGAUCGUCCGUCAGAUGCGUAUUCUUCAUGAGACCGGAUUCAACAGACAGGAGCAGAUGCAGUACAAACCGGUGAUCUAUAACAAUGUGGUGCAGUCACUGCUCGCCAUGAUCCGUAUGAUGGGUCCACUCGAAAUUGAAUUCGCCGACCCAUCAAAUAAAACCGACGCCCAUCGCUUCGAGACCCACUACCUCCACCUGAACAACCUCGACCUCCCGGAAGCCUUCACUUUGGAACUCGCAGAUCUCAUGAAGAAUCUUUGGAAUGACGAAGGAAUCAAGAAAUGUUUCAAACGAUCUCGUGAAUUCCAGCUCAACGACUCCGCCGAGUACUAUCUGAAUGCGUUGGACCGUCUCUCUGCACCAGCGUAUCUUCCGACACAAGACGAUAUUCUCAGAGCACGUGUCAAAUCAACCGGUAUUGUGGAGACAGACUUCAUGUACAAGGAUUUGAACUUUAAAAUGUUCGAUGUAGGGGGUCAACGAUCAGAGCGCAAGAAAUGGAUUCACUGCUUCGAAGGUGUCACGGCAGUCAUCUUCUGUGUGGCGAUCAGUGAGUACGAUUUGAAGUUGGCCGAGGAUAAGACUAUGAACCGAAUGCACGAAUCCCUGCAACUCUUCUCGUCAAUCGUCAACAGUCGUUGGUUCCCACACACUUCCGUCAUACUAUUCCUCAAUAAGAUGGACGUUUUCGAAGAACGAAUCCGUCACUCACCACUCACAAUCUGCUUUCCAGAAUAUGAGGGAGGAAAUAGUGUGACUGAGACAUCCAACUAUAUCAGAAGUCGAUUCGAGAAGUUGAACAAGAGAGAGUCAGAGGCUCAUAAGGAAGUGUACAGUCACUUCACGUGUGCCACCGACACCAACAAUAUCCGAUUCGUUUUCGACGCCGUCACCGACAUCAUCAUCCGUGAUAAUCUUAAAGAUUGUGGUCUCUAUUAA